AUUGUCUCCCACCACCAUCGUCCUUCGGUGACCUCCCCCCAACCUCUACAAGUUUUUCUCCGAAAUACCAUUCAAUGGGUGGAGGAGAUCUCACAUGAAGAAGUCGUGGCAUCGCUCCUGUUGAAGAAUCAGGCUCGGGUGUGGUUGGAGGAGAAGAAGCGCUCGAGGAGAAUAAGAAACUCGACCAGCUGCGCAAGGAGAAAGAAGAGGAACGCCAGAUGCAGUAGCUGCAACGUCUACAAGAGAACAAACGGUCGGAAACGAACUGAAAAGUUGGAGUGGAUGUAUGCAACCCCCGCGACGGGAUCAAGUCAGAACGCAAACGAGCUUGAGGACUAUCUUCUUGGAAAGAAGCGAGUGGACAGAUUCUUACUGCUGAUGAGAAUGCCAAGCUUGGAGCCUCGCAUAAGAACUUCAUUGCUGUUCAGAAUGCCAACAACGUCCGCGAUACCGCUUCAAAGAUUCGUGAAGACCCUCUUCUCGCAAUCAAGCAGCAGGAACAGGCUUCCUACGAAGCGCUCAUGGCCACCCUCUUCGCUUGCGUGAAAUGCAAGAGCGCAAUGGCAUCAAACCGAAGAAAGACAAGAGUGCGAAGAAGCUUGAGAAGGAAGAGCGAAGGAGGUUAAGGCAGAACGUAGACAGCGAAGGGACCGUUCAGCCAGUCCUCGGGGACUACGAGCGACGCCAACGCUCCGUGUCGCGAGACCGUUAUCACUCGCGGCGCUCCCCCUGAUUACUCUCGUUCCCGCUCUCCGCCGCGCAGACAUAGUGACUAUCACAGCGCCGCAGCCCCCUCGCCUUAUCGACACCGCCGGGAAAGCCCUGUGCGGGACUCGCGGGCUCGGUCUCGCGACCCUCACGUUCGAACUUGGCCGCGUUCUGACGAAUCCGAGGAGUCUGCUCUCGCAGCCGAAGCCCUGAGCGAGGUCACAAGCGUGCUCGCAGCCCAAGUCCUCGGCGUCGCGACGAUCGCCGACAGCCUGAACCAAAGCGUCCACGCAUGAGCCCACCACCGUCUCAGCCUUCGGAUGGGGGCACUAUGGCCGAGAGGCUGCCGCUGCACGAGCUGCACGGCUUGCUGCUAUGUCGUCUGACGCAAACACCAUGAGUGCCGAACGUCAACAACGGCUUGCCAUGCUCUUGGAGAAGAAAAGGCUGAUCUAGCUCGUGACGAAGAAGACCGCCGCAAGUCGCAGGGUAUGGGCAACUUCCUUAGCAAAGAGCAGAAGAAAGUUUUCGGCGGCUCCAUCGGAUUGGAAGACCGCAUUCGGAGGGGCCGGGGUGGUAUGGUUGUCGAUGCAGAUUAGUAUUGUACGUUGUGGUGUAAUAUGUUCAACCGAUUCUUUCAAGACGGACUUUCGCAGAAGGAUACACCAACUCGGAACCCUCCCAGAAAAUGACAUCCACAGUGCACCAUUGGCCAUGGUGGAUCCAAGCUAACCAAUAGGGCUCGCAGCCUGCAUCAGCAUUAUCGUUCAGAUAUGGUCGACCGAGGGCCAAUCUUUCAAGUAGAUUAGUGGCGCGGCGAACGUGCAAGAAUGUCUUCCUCACCUAAACUCAUCGGGUCUUCCGGCAGACCACAAAGCUACAGGUCUACUUUUCUCCGGGCUUCGCGCGCUGCAGAAUUUCGAGGACAUCUUUGCCACGCACAAUCAAGCUCUCGAGAUACAGCACUCCAUCCUUCAGGAGUACGAUUGCAACACUGCCGUCUCCGACCCAGAUUCCAGUGUACGCCGCGGUCACCUCGGUCAGCAAGAGAGCGUCGAAUGCCGGUUGGAAGAGCUCCAUGGUCGUCCGGGCCAGGGAAGUCGUAUCAGCAUACUCCCCGGUGACGAGGACGACGACACCGUAGGACCAUUGAGGAACGACCACAAACUGAGAGUGGUAACCCGGGAGAUUCCCGCCUGUACUCACACAGUCAGCGAGGAAUGAUUUGGAGGCCCGGAUCUGGUUUACCUUUUGCAUAAGCACGCUCCUCUGUGCCUGGUAAUUUGGCGAUCUCCCAGGGCGCUCCUACUUCCUGGAAACCAUCGCUCCAAGCAUGCAGUGGUCGCAGCCAUUCUCUCAUAACGUAUGGACUGAGAAUUCCUUCGCCAUUCGGAGAGAGGAAGGAUCGCAGUACGAUUCCAAGAUCCGCCAAGGAGCUGAAUUGCCCACCGGAGGGUUCGUAUGCAGGUGAAUAAGUCAUAUCCUGUGCCAGACAUCAUCCACCAUGCAAGAAGGACCGGGACUGACGCUUACCGCCCAUUCGAAGUCAGAAGACGGUAUCGCUACACGGGUAGCGAUGCUCGCGUUUGCGAUCCGAUAAAAGCUGCUCGUCAAGCCCAGUGGUUGGAAAAUGUGCUCGUCGAGCAGCUCGUGAUGGGUAACAUUCACGCGCCCUGUUACCAUCUCAAAAGCAGCGACGUUGCAGAGCCCAAGAAGAUCGAAGCCGGUGUUGGAGUAGACAGGGAACGUAUAUUGAGGCGCGACCAGAGGAUAAUGCAUGGCAGCCUCCAAGAGUGCUUCAGCUGUUCCCGUCCGUCCGGCUUUUCCAUCGUCCCGCUCAACCUCAUCCAGCGGAAGAGGCCAUAAAUCUCCGAAGUUCUCAGGAGGAUAAUCUCUGCCCAAUCCUGCAACCGUUUGAGCGAGACGCGAUGCGAGUGUGCCAGUCAAACGAGGAACCUGACAUGUGGGUCGCGAGCUGCCUCAGUGUGAUUGGAGAUUUGUCCGCGGAGUAUUCGCCCUGCAGAUAAGAGGACCAGCCCUCCUUAGGAUGGGUGAAAUUCGGGAGAAAUUUGGCGACUGGAUCAUCCCUAUACGUGAAACUCGUCAGGGAGACUGUAAUUUGGAACGCGGCAGGAAGCAAAAACCAAUUCAACAUCCCCAUAUCACGGAGGAUGAGGGUCUCGAACACAGUGAACAUCUUGGAGAUACUUGCGAUUCGGUAGGCAGAAUCUCUUGUGACAGUCUCCGUGCUAGUCGUAUCGUUUGCCUUCAGCAGUCCAUACCCUCGCUCGAACAAUGGUCCGGCUGGGGUAACAACCGAAACAGAGAGACUGUCGAUAUCGGAAGCAGCGGCACGAGUAGUGAGAAACGAAUCUAGUGAGGCGAUUGCGGUCUUAAACCGAGGCGAAUCUGGUGUCGGAGGACGGCCGGCAAGAAGAGUCGGUAGCGGUGGUUGGCAUUUCUUGUACUAUUGCGAAUGUGAAUGUGGUUUGGGAUGGUCAGAAACAGGACUCACUUGAGUGGGCGUGACGCUCGUUGUGUGCUUAGAUACGAUGCUAAUGACCACGCGUCGAUCGAGAGCAUACAGUGUCGCGCAAACGAUGGCAAAGAUGGACGCGGUCAGCCGCUUCAGAGACCACUUGCGUGGUCUUUCCCUGGGGUUCAGCUCAAGCUUUCCAUCCAUAGCGGAUCCUCCUCAAGUUGUGUCUGGGAGUCGGCAAUAGCGCAGUUGAUUGCGAGGGUGGGCUCGUUACACGCCGCGGCCAUCAUGCUUCGGACCGCAAUGCCGAUCAACGAGACUCAUACUCCGAUGACGACGAAGACCUUGACCUUCAAUCAAACCAUUCUGUCCAUAACUGAAUUCAUUGAAGUCGCCAUACACACCAUCCUGUACGUACGGCAGAUCUAUCCAGCGGACUUGUUCGUCCGUCGCAAGAAAUACGACACUCCUGUCUAUCAGUCCAGACACCCCGCUCUCAACGAAUACAUCUCCGGUGCUGUCAAGUCGAUUCGCGACCAACUCUUGGCGGGGAAUGUCGAGAAAGUGGUCGUUGUAAUCAAGGAUAAAGAGGAGGUGGCGCUGGAGCGGUUCAUGUUCUCUGUGGAACAGAUGGUGGAGAUUGAGUCUUUCAACAAAGACACCAGUGUCGAGAAUGGAAUCGCUGCCGCGGAACUAGGGCAGUACUUCCGUGGCUUUCUCGUCAAACUCAAUCUAGUCGAGUCCCAACUCGGUCCUCUGAACGGUGGCGAUGAUGUAUCGUUUGCGAUUGUGCUUGAACUCAAGCCUGAAACUGCGCCUGUCAAGCCGAAAGGCAAGAGCAAGAACCCACCGCCAUGGAUUCCUGCCUUCACUCAGCAUACUACACCCGGUACCUCGGAUGAUUCUGAGCUUCACAUGCGGGCUACGCGCGCUCAACACUGGUAUAAUCAACUACAAGAAUCGGACGUCAAGCUUCAGAAGGAGAGAGAUGCUCUGAAGAAGCGCCAACUGGCUGAACAAGCACCGCAACCUCCGACCGUCGAGCGAACACCCAAAUCCACUAAAACCACCCAAAGUGAGAUGUCAGACCCGGAAGGUUGA